GCGCCGCCCCGCCGGUGGCCGGCGCGGGCGCCCGCCAGGGCCUCGCCGAGCGCUGGCGCCGCCUCGUGGGCGGGCUGCCGAAGACGGCCACGCGGGUCCUGGUCGGCCUCGCGCUCGCGGAGGUCCUGGGCCCGGCGACGUUCGCCGGCGGCUGGCCGUUCGUGCUCGCGUACG